AUGGACGCCUCAAGCACCGCCGCCGGAGCCAAGGGCAAGAAGGGCGCCGCCGGGCGCAAGGCCGGCGGGCCCAGGAAGAAGUCCGUGACCCGGUCCGUCAAGGCCGGGCUGCAGUUCCCCGUCGGCCGCAUCGGGCGGUACCUCAAGAAGGGCCGCUACGCGCAGCGCGUCGGCACCGGCGCGCCCGUCUACCUCGCCGCCGUCCUCGAGUACCUCGCCGCCGAGGUGCUCGAGCUCGCCGGCAACGCUGCCAAGGACAACAAGAAGUCCCGCAUCAUCCCGCGCCACCUCCUGCUCGCCGUCAGGAACGACGAGGAGCUCGGCAAGCUGCUCGCCGGCGUCACCAUCGCGCACGGCGGCGUGCUGCCCAAGAUCCACGCCGUGCUGCUCCCCAAGAAGACCGCCGAGAAGGCCGCCAAGGAGCCCAAGUCCCCCAAGAAGACCGCCAAGUCACCGAAGAAGGCGGCCAAGGCUUAGUUACAGCGAUGCGUUCUGUGUGUUUAGUCUGUGUAGUGCGUCCUUUCCUUCGUCGUAGUAGUGGGCUGGUAGUGUUCGGCUGGAUCUGUCGCUGUACCCUG